AUUUCGUUUUCUGGCAUAAAAUGGAUCUCGGAGGAGAGGAAUUGAAGAAAAGUGGAUCGCGUUUCCAGGUUGCUAGGGUUAACACCAUUAAUAAAGAUGACCAGUCAGACCCAGAUCAGGACAGUGAGGAAUUACAAGAAGUUUUUACAGAAAAAGUGAAAUCUGAUAUCCAACCCGACAAUAAAAUUUGUUCAGGGAAACAAUCAACUGAUCUACGUAAACUGGAUACAAAUAUUGCGAAUGCGAAUAUAAACCCAAGUGGUGGGCGUGAAUCAGUAGGUAAUGGUCCAGAAUCUCCCUGUGCUACCUUUUCAAUCAGUGGCGACUCUCUUCGUAGCAGAGGGUCAGAUGGAUACAAUAAAACAAAUGGUGCUAUGAAUACUAUAGAGGCCCUGCCAUGUGUUGAUCAUUACAGGAAUAUCUUUUCAGCUACCGGGGGCGGCUUGAGAACCCGGCCUACACUAGCAGAGCUGCACGAAGAGCUGGACGACGAGGACCAUCGAGGCAACAAAAAAGAUGCUGGCUCAGGCUACGAAGGAACAAAAACGGACAGCCCCCUUGCCGGUGAUAAGGUCCAGAUAGCUGCUCCCGUUCGAUUCGGAUGGAUACAAGGAGUUCUGCUGGAACUGAGUGGCGCAAGCUGCUUUCUAAAAAUAACCAGAGGUCAUCACUGGUAA